UAUUUAUAAAAGUUUAGUCUACUCAAGGGUCUGGAUAAAGGUGCCUAAAUGGUGGAGACCUAGGAGCACAUAGCAACGCAUUGCUGAAAUCCAGUCUUAUUAUUCAUCAGAGUACAAACGGUGCUCCUCUCCAGCCGUAGAUUAGUAUAGAAAACAAAACAUUCCCUUGGCAAAUCAAUCUAAUCAAUGUGGUUUUCUGUUUUCCCCCGGAGCCACUCUCCCUCUUGCGACAUCACACAUUGCCCAAUAUUUUGUAGUUUGUAAAGUUUGAUUCAAAGACAUCUCUGUAAGCCUAAUUAAAGGCAUUUUAGAAUGGGACAGAUCUCAUUGUCCGAGCACAGGUUGCCCCUCCCUCAAAAAAAGAAACGUCACAGCUUGUGCCUAUAAAGUUUGAGUGAGGGUGGAAAUCGUCUGUGUGUUUGAGGCUGGACUGCAGGGAGACAGCAGAGAGGCGCACUGACUCCAAACUCGCAAGUGGAUGGAAAGAGCCCUGUGCAAUGGAGAAACUGAACCACGGCGCAGAGAUUGGUGCCCUGUAAACUGAAGAAGAAGAAGAAGGAAGAGGUGCCUGAAUGAGACAAAGGGGAAUGAGGAGUAGGAUAAAGGGUUUUGACGUAAAGUUGAGAUUAUUUUCCAAAAUGACGCGGAUUUGCUCUCAUGCAAAUGCGCAUUUUGCAAAGAUGACAUAGCACUUGAGAAAAUGGGAUCCCUUCAGGAACAGAACUCACUCACGACCUGAAUGAAUAGAGAAAAGAGAUUCUGUUCAAAUCAGAAUUUGGUUUGGCUUUUUAUUUUUCUUCUUUUACUUGACAAGCCUGGAGUGUGAGUGAAUGCAGGGUGAAAUAUGAAUCUGGGCAAAGCACUUCUGUUUUUCCUCCUCUCAAACUGUGUGACAAUGAGUUUGUCGCUAUCCACUUGCACCACUGUGGACAUCGACCACAUAAAGAAGAAGAGAGUAGAGGCGGUCCGCGGACAGAUCCUCAGUAAACUUCGGCUGACCAGUCCACCUCAAACAACAGGUCCAAGUCAAGUGCCGCUUCACGUCCUGGCUCUUUAUAACAGCACCAAGGAACUCAUCGAGGAGCUGGGAAGAGACAGGCAGCAGAGUUGUGGACAGGAUAACACGGAGACUGAGUACUAUGCCAAAGAGAUUUACAAAUUCAACAUGAUCAGUGGUUCGCCAGAAAACAAUGACCUUCUUUACUGCCCGAAGGGUAUCACCUCCAAGGUAUUUCGCUUCAACGUCUCAGUCAUGGAGAAGAACUCCACCAACUUGUUCCGGGCCGAGUUUCGAGCCCUGCGGACGCCAAAUUCCAGCGCCAAGAAAAACGAACAGAGGAUUGAGCUCUACCAGAUUCUCCAGAAAGAUGACCCCAAAGCCAAGCAGCGCUACAUUGGGGGCAAAAAUGUCCUGACCAAAGGAACACCUGAGUGGGUCUCCUUUGAUGUGACAGAGACAGUGAGAGAGUGGCUGAUGUACCGACAGACCAAUCUUGGCCUGGAGAUCAGCGUGCACUGUCCCUGCCACACUUUCAGACCUAAUGGCGACAUUAUCGAGAAUGCCAAUGAGGUGCUAGAGGUCACGUUCAAAGGUAUGGAAGUGGACUAUGAUGAUCGGAGCCGUGGGAAAAAACAGAAGGAGCAGCUCUACCCCCACCUCAUCCUCAUGAUGCUCCCUCCCCACAGGCUGGAUGCCCAGUCCUCUUCCCGCAGGCGCAAGCGGGCACUUGACACCAAUUACUGCUUCAACAAUUAUGAGGAGAACUGCUGUGUGCGACCACUAUAUAUUAAUUUCCGCCAGGAUUUGGGCUGGAGAUGGAUCCAUCAACCUGAAGGGUACUAUGCUAACUUCUGCUCUGGUCCCUGUCCUUACCUACGCAGUGCAGACACCACCCACAGCUCGCUGCUGAGCCUCUACAACACCUUGAACCCCGAAGCAUCCGCCUCACCCUGCUGUGUUCCUCAGGACUUGGAGCCCCUCACCAUCCUCUACUACGUGGGUCGCUCCCCGAAAGUCGAGCAGCUCUCUAAUAUGGUUGUCAAGUCCUGCAAGUGCAGCUAAACUUCAGGGCUUCAGAGCCCAGCAAGAGACACAGGAUGUGACGGUUCCCAGCACUACUCAAGAGCGGGUAUGAGCGAUUAGAGGGGGUGCGGUACAGUUUGUCCUCGAUGAGUACCCCUUCCCUCUGCUUCAGCCUUGCCUGAGCUAAAAAAAAAAACAAAACAAAAAUGCAAUCCACCACUCUGCUCACAAUCGUUGGCAGUAUUUACCUAGAAGACCCGUCAAACACCACUUCACUAACAACGCUCUCAAACCUAUCAGACCUCUUGUUGAACCUUCAGCAAUCAGCUUCUGACAUCAGUGUUUCUUUUUUAUUUUUUUUUUUUUAUAUUCCAGCAUUUUGAACAGCCUAUACCUCAGUGUUACAUGACAUUGGUAUUAAGAAAAUGUUUUUGAUUGAGGCGAACAGAAGAAUAACUGUCUUGAUAGAACCACUGCAUUCUCAAGGACAUAAAUAAUUGAAGUAACAAAAAAAAAAAAAAAAAAGACUGAGAAUCCAGACUGGAUGCAGCAUGAUAGGAAUACAUUAGAGAGGGCUGGAUAAAAAUUAAAUGUUUUCUGAGAGAAAACACAUCCCUUGGCCCUGAUUCACAGGACUCCUUCGAAUAUCCGAGCUGGAAAAUGACGCUGUGCCUGCCACAGCUCCCUACACUGUUUAUCUAGGACUGAGUGCUGUUGAAUAAAAAAAAAGAUCUUAGAAAGAAAAGAAAACAUGCUGGAAAACCAACCUUUAUUUCAAAGUAGUAUUCCAUCAUUAUGUUUACCUCUGUAGUGCAACAGGAUGGUGAUUCCAGGGAUUGUUUCGUUUUCAAGUGAUGCCUUCUGUUGUAUGAGAUGAUGUACGUCACUAAGUGAACACUUAUCUAGAUCACAAACUGUAAAUGUUUAUCUUAUUACUCUUGAAACACUUUUUUAAUAAAAAAAAAUGGAGUUAGAUAGAAUUGUUCUAUUUUCAUUAUUGCUGAGUUUUAUGUUUUUGUUACAUAUUUUAGAGCACUUUAUUUUAAAGGAUAAUAUGCUAAAUUUAGAUGACCAAAGUGAAGAAAUCCAGUCCAGUGAUAACUUUCAGUGUAAAGUAUGUGUGGUGAACAAAUACAUUGACUGGUGUGA